AGACGGAGUCUCGCUCUGUCGCCCAGGCUGGAGUGCAGUGGCGCGAUCUCGGCUCACUGCAAGCUCCGCCUCCCGGGUUCACGCCAUUCUUCUGCCUCAGCCUCUCCGAGUAGCUGGGACUACAGGCGCCUGCCACCACGCCCGGCUAAUUUUUUGUAUUUUUUAGUAGAGACGGGGUUUCACCGUGGUCUCCAUCUCCUGACCUCGUGAUCCGCCCGCCUCGGCCUCCCAAAGUGCUGGGAUUACAAGCGUGAGCCACCGCGCCCGGCCUGUUCUUUUUCUUUUUGAGACGGUCUCGCUCUGUCGCCGUCCAGUGGCACGAUCUCGGCUCACUACAACCUCCGGGUUCAAGCGAUUCUCGUGCCUCAGCCACCCGGCUAGCUGGGAUUACAGGCGCGCGCCAUUACUCCCGGCUAAUUUAUUUUGUAUUUUUAGUGGAGACAGGGUUUCGCCAAGGCGGCCAGUCUCGAACUUCUGACUCGAACUUCUGACUCAGGUGAUCCGCCCGACUCGGCGUCCCAAAAUUCUGAGAUUACAGGUGUGAGCCACCGUGUCCGGCCUUGAUCUGAAUAUAAAGGUUCCAACAUCCCCAAACACAAGGUGACCCCAUUUACAACUGGAUCUUCAAUAAGCGUCUGGUGAUUCAAUUUCCGCCAAUUAGAGCCCAACCAGAACACGCAGGCGCCUUAACGCUGAGGGCAUAACGAAGGUAAAGAAGGCGUGGCUACCGCCCAAAUCCAAGAUGGCUAGCAGGAGGUCGUCAGUUCUCGGGAGGGCAGCCCAUCCUCGCUCCUGGGAGGCUCAAAGGCUCAAACGCCAUUGGCAGAAUCGCCGACAGCUCAUCCUCCGCCCCCUGCAGGGGGCGGUAAUGACAGAGUCCUAAUUUCCGGUUCCGGCAGUACCGGGAGCCGAGUCGAGAUGGAGGAAGAUGCGACCGGCAGAGUGCAUUCGCUGGGAACGACGGAUAGACUGUGGGCUGCGGCCUAGAGGUCCGGGCUUGGAGUUCUCCUCAGACGCGGUGGAGCCGCCGGAGUCUGAGAAGGUCUUCAGGCACCAUGGAGGACAAACGCAACAUCCAGAUCAUCGAGUGGGAACACCUGGACAAGAAGAAGUUCUACGUGUUUGGUGUGGCAAUGACAAUGAUGAUCCGUGUCAGCGUCUACCCAUUCACCCUCAUCCGCACCCGGUUGCAAGUUCAGAAGGGGAAGAGCCUCUACCAUGGGACCUUCGAUGCCUUCAUCAAGAUCCUGCGAGCAGAUGGUAUCACUGGCCUCUACCGAGGGUUCCUGGUCAAUACCUUCACCCUCAUCUCUGGCCAGUGUUAUGUCACCACUUAUGAGCUCACCCGGAAGUUUGUAGCUGACUACAGCCAGAGUAACACAGUCAAAUCACUGGUGGCUGGUGGCUCAGCCUCCCUUGUGGCCCAGAGCAUCACAGUGCCCAUUGAUGUAGUCUCCCAGCACCUGAUGAUGCAACGCAAGGGUGAGAAAAUGGGCCGCUUUCAGGUGCGGGGGAACCCAGAGGGACAAGGGGUACUUGUCUUUGGCCAAACCAAGGACAUCAUCAGGCAGAUCCUGCGGGCUGAUGGACUUCGCGGCUUCUAUCGAGGCUAUGUGGCUUCACUGCUUACUUAUAUCCCAAACAGUGCUGUUUGGUGGCCCUUCUAUCACUUCUACGCAGAUGGACUCUUGCUCUGUCACCCAGUCUGGAGUGCAAUGACGAGAUCUCGGCUCACUGCAACCUCUGCCUCCCAGCUCUCCUACUUGUGUCCUAAGGAGUGCCCUCACAUUGUCUUUCAAGCCGUCUCGGGGCCCCUGGCUGCAGCCACUGCCUCCAUCCUCACCAAUCCCAUGGAUGUCAUACGAACCCGCGUGCAGAAUCCACGCCUUCCGACGCCGGAGUCUGGUUCUCCCCACUUUAGCCUAAGGCAGAGGGAGAUUGAGCAGAGGGGCUCUGACUACAGACAAUGGACCUCCACUGUGUUGACUUUCCCAGGUUGAGGGCAAGAACUCCAUCAUCCUGACCUUCAGACAGCUGAUGGCAGAAGAAGGGCCUUGGGGCCUCAUGAAAGGCCUCUCGGCCAGAAUCAUCUCAGCCACACCUUCCACCAUUGUCAUUGUGGUGGGCUAUGAGAGCCUCAAGAAACUCAGCCUCCGACCUGAGCUGGUGGACUCAAGACACUGGUAACCAGUGGUGGGGAGAGAAGCCUGCUGUUUUCCACACUACCGUGGGUCAGGGGCAGAGUGGAGAGGACAGCACCCUGUCCAGAUGCCCCCACCACAUACCCAGCCCUGCCCUGGGCCAGGUGGCCUAUCUGGGAUAGGGAUAGAGACUUUGAACUGCUCUUGCUGAAGAGGCUCCACGCCUGGAUCCCUUGCCCUUACUAUUUAAAAUUCUCUUCUGAGCUGGGCUCCCUCACUCAGUUCCUGUAUUCGAUACCGGCCUAAAGACCCCACCCCCCACCCUGCCAGCCCUUCUUCUGGCUUCCCCCUCCAUCUGUGUCCCUGAGACCCUGAGAAGAGCUGUACAUAGAGCUUGCUUACUACCACUGGUUCUUCCUCUUGGGCUUUCAGCCCAGACUCCAAGCAGCUGCUAUCAACCCUCUCUCCCUUCAUCUCUUAGCCUUGCUUAUUUUUAUUUUGGGACCGAGCUGCCCACUAGAUGACUCUGCUUUUUCCUGCACUUGGGGCUAAGGUGCCAGGUACUUACUCGCACAGGGAGCAGGAGCAGCAAAAAAUCUCUGGUUCUCCAGAGCACUCGUCCUCUCUUUGGAGGGGUUAUUAGGUUGGGAAGAAAUGUUGAUACUUUUGUUUUGUGUGUGUGUGUGUGUGUGUGUGUGUGUGUGUGUGUGUGUGUGUGUGUGUGUUUUAACAUCUGUGAACCAGGCUAUUAGUCCUGCUAAAGCGCCAAUCCUGCUGUCAGAGCUCACCCCCUUCCUAAGACAGGUAGAAAAGUGUAAUGUAGCUUUUUCCACAAUCCAGUUCCCUGUCCCUUCAGUCUCAGGAGCCCUAGGAGAGUCUAAGCUGGGGCAUCCCCUGGCCCAGAGGACUCCUGUGGUGGGCACAGUUCUCAGUGGAUCAGGCUGUCUUGGGUGCACUGGACUUGGAGCACUACCUUGAGAAGUCAGGUUGAGAAAGUAGUUGAUCUAGAAGGCAACAAGUGGGCAUGUGUUCCCCAGCACAUUACCCAGGCCAGCAGAGCCAAACCUAGGAGAGGGCAGUGGGGAGAUUCUCUGCCCCAGGCAGCCAUGACAUACACAUAAAUACCCCAAUCACUCAGACUUAUGGCAACAAGUGUUGUCUCACUAUGGUGAUCUCUAAGAUCCACAUCACUGGAUGCGUAGUCAUCCCAGUCAUGGUACCCUGUGGAGGGAUGCUGGAAGAACAUAAAGAGCAGUUCAGAAAGCCACCCAAUACCAGGACCACUGCAUUUACCAACCUGACACUGCCAAGAUUAUCUGAUGCUCUCCUCAGGAGCUAGGAGAGGAGUGCUCCUUCUUCCCUGCCUCAUCCUCCCUACCGCUACUCUCCCCAAGCCUGUGUUGCGGGUAGAGAGGUGCAGCAAAUAGAGAAGGCAUGUCAAACCCUGCAUUUCUACCUGAGACGUGUGACCUGGAUGAUCCUCCAAACCCUAUUGGUCCCACCCCCUGGGAAAGGCCAUGGUGCCAAUUUGAAAGGUGCUAGCUACCUGAAGCCUUGAUAUUUCUUCAUGGCUGCCGCACAUUCUUCCACCUUGGCCAGAACCGGUUCUGAAAACCGCUUCUUUACCUUCACCACCACCACUGCCCAUCUUGAUCUCUUUGAGGGUUUUCCCCUUUCACUUGAUUUUAUUUUUGUUUAUCCCUUCCUGCACUUUGUCAAGAGAGUCCUCCAGUUUCUAUCCAGGAAUGUUCACAUCCAAAGGGUUGGACCCACCGAUCAUUCUGAAUCUUCCUGCCCCUCCUCACUGCUUUACCCUGAGAACCACAAAUAUAAUGGAAACAGUUCCCCCCACCCUCACUCCAUCUCUUUAAGCUUAUCCUAGCAAGACCUCGAGAGACCCUAGAGACUUCAGUCCUUCCCCGCCGUGGCACAGUGGGGAACGUGUCAAUGGGGAAAGUGUCACGGACAGGAGGUAGGAUCCCGCCGCUCGCGUCUUGGUGUUUCUCCCCCAAGACUUUCCUUUUGUUUUGUUGUCUUGUGCAGUAUUUUACAGCCCCUCUUGUGUUUUUCGUUUCUCGUACACACACGCAGUUUUAAGGAUGAUGUGUGUAUAAUUAAAGGGACCCUUGGCCCAUACUUUCCUAAUUCUUUAGGGGCUGGGAUUGGGUUUGACUGAAAUAUGUUUUGGUGGGGAUGGUUCGGUGGACUUCCAUUCUCCCUAAACUGGAGUUUUGGUCGGUAACCAAAACUAAAAGAAACCUCGGGGAGACUGGAAACGAUUGGAGCAUUGAGGAACAACGUAAUGAAAAGGCAGACUCUGAACGUUUGAUGAAAUGGACUCUUGUGAAUAUUAACAGUGAAUAUUCACUGUUGCACUGUACUAAGUCUCUGAAAUGUAAUUAAAAGUUUUUAUUGAGCCCCCGA